AUGACAGUGCCUGCUAAAUUAGUUGAAGCAUACCUUGAUUUAAGGAGGUUAGCGGAAGAACAAGUUAAGGGUUUUACUGAACCUACAUCAGAGAAGCUCCUUCCAGAUUUGCACCCUAUGGAGCAGCAUGUUUUUACUCUUGUUCUUGAUCUAAAUGAAACAUUGAUAUAUUCUGAUUGGAAGCGUGACAGAGGGUGGAGAACGUUCAAAAGACCCGGUGUAGAUGCUUUCCUCGAGCAUUUAGCUCAAUUUUACGAAAUUGUAGUAUACUCUGACCAACUAAAUAUGUAUGUUGAUCCUGUUGUCGAAAGAUUGGAUCCAAAGCAUUGUAUCCGCUAUAGGCUCUCUAGGGGGGCAACAAGAUAUAUAGAUGGCAAGCAUUACAGGGACCUGUCAAUGCUGAACAGAGAUCCCGCAAAGGUGCUAUACAUUAGUGGCCAUGCUCUAGAAAGUAGUCUUCAGUCCGAGAAUGGUGUUCCAAUAAAAGCAUGGCAAGGGGAAGCAGAUGACACUGCACUUCUUGAUCUUAUUCCAUUCCUGGAAUAUGUUGCCAAACACCGGCCAUCUGAUAUUCGAACUGUUCUAGCUUCUUAUCAAGGCCGUGAUAUAGCAAAAGAGUUCAUUGAACGGUCAAAAGAGCAUCAGAGGAGAAUGCUGGAGCAAAAGCAACAAGGCCGUCUCUGGAGACGUUAG